UUGUUUACAACUCAGUUCGGAGGAGAACGUCGUCAGUAACGGUACAUUAACCACAUUAUCGUGAAUUAUUUCUCACACAAGUCUUCCACGUCUCUCAGCUGCAGUCAUGGUGGCUAUGGCGAAGAGGCUCAGAACCUUCAGAAUCACUUUCCUGGACCCCAGUAAGACAUUCUACUGCGGCGGGGAGCGAGUGUGUGGCCACAUCGAAGUGGAAGUGAACGAAGUGACGCGCGUGUCCGCAGUGAAGGUCCAGGCUCGCGGCUGCGCUAAAGUGGACUACGCGAAAGGCAAACAGCGGUGCAAACAGGAGGCCGAGUACCUGCGCCACGAAGAGGUCCUGCGGCUGGACGAUCAACCGACAGAUUCCGAUGGAUCUGUGCUCUUGAGGCCUGGCAACAAAUACGAUUAUGCCUUUGGAAUUGAUCUUCCGAGCAGUGGGUUGGUGUCAUCUUACAAAGGGAAGUUUGGGUAUGUCCAGUAUUUUGUGAAGGCCCUGUUAGAAAGAGCAGACCAGCCCUCACUGGAGUGUAAGAAGCCCUUUGAGGUGGAGGAGCCUCUGGAUGUCAACACCCCAGACCUGCUGUCUCCCACAGGUGGCGCAAAGGAGAAGAAGGUCAACAUCAUGUUCAUCCCCGAUGGCCAGGUGUCGCUGAACGCGAAAAUUGACCGCCGCGGCUUCUGUGAAGGCGAAGACAUCUGCAUCAACGCAAAGUUCGAGAACACCUGCUCCCGCAUCGUGGUGCCCAAGGCCGCCAUCAUCGCCAAGCACAUCUACCAGGCCAACGGCCGCACCAAGGUCUCCCGCCAGAAGCUGUCGGCUGUGCGCGGGAACCACAUCAUCUCUGGCAUGUGUGAUGCCUGGCAGGGAAAGACCAUCCGGGUGCCUAAGAUUAAACCAUCAAUGCUGAGCUGCAACAUCAUCCGUGUGGAGUAUGCGCUGAUGAUUUAUGUUCACAUCCCUGGAAGCGAGAAGCUGAUCCUGGAGCUGCCGCUGGUCAUCGGGACGUCGGGUCUUGGCAGCCGCUGCAACAGCAUUAGCAGCCAGGAGGGUUCGGUCAGUAACGCCUCUCAGAGCUGGGUGUCCCUCAGGUUGCCCUCAGACCCGCCGAGCUACACCGACAUAACUCACGACUGCCGCCUGGAACAGCCCCUCACGCCACUGCUGGAUGACUUUGACGGAGAUGAGAGUCCGAUCUUCAUGAACUCGCCGUCCUUCACCUUCCCUCCGCCUCCGGUGUACACUGAGACCGAGGAGGAGUACAACGGCGCUGGCCGCAUGCUUCCAGUCUGCUGAAGCCUUUACAGGAAGUGUGAAACUUCUGGUCCCUAUUCUCAGGGACUGUGUAUUUUGAAGAGCGUUAAGCGUUUAGAGGAACAGAAAGUCCCCAAACUCAGAGAUGUGUUGGCUGGAGAAGUAAAGUCAGGACCAUAGAGUUGGACAGGAGGACGCUUGCCUGGUCUUUCAGGCUGUCUGCAUCGCUACAUCACACAUGCUGAUCUUCCGCUGCACCUCCUCCUCCUGAUGGUCUUCAGGUCGCAGACGUGGAGGUGUAUUCAUUUCUGGAUGGAGCUGUUCCUUCCAAGACACUCAGACUGAUAGAGUCUUGCUGUUUGUUCACAGCCAAGUUUAUAAUUGUGAACGAGAAACUGGGGGCCAAGUGUUGUAUGUGUCAGCCCCACGGCCUGCUGUGUCAUCCUUGCUUCUUGGGGUUUGCUUUCUUAUGAUGAUUUUUGUCAUUCCAGCUAAGGUCUCCGUUUGUCGGGUUUCUUUGAGGAACCUUUGUUACAAAUGUUGCCUUUUGAGAUGUGAGGCGUGUUGAGGAAAUGGACUCUCACGCUGCAUCAAGAUUACUCAUGUACCAAUAUUUGAAAAAGAAAAGAAUUGGUUUCUCCCAUGUUUUUUUGCACUUUUUGUGAUAGUUGCGUUCAUUUUGAGAUACUGCCUACAUGAGAUUAUGUUUGUUUGGUUUGGACAAUGUUUAUCUUGUAGCGCGUUUGGUCAUCUCACUGAACUUUUCAUAGCUCAGUUUGGUGAUCAGAUGUAAGUUCUCGUAAAGUGCCAAACAGCAUUUAUACGCGGCACACGUGCGAUCUGAUGUCGCUCCUCACGUGAGGAUAAUCGUUGUAUAUUGUAAAGAAAUCUGCAGUUGUCCCGGACAACAUUUAACUGUGAGAUCUCCUCCUCCUCGCUUGGUUUCACGUCUUCCGGUUUUUUUUUCAGGGCGCAAAGAAAAAUCACUGUAUGUUUGCAAUGCAUCCUUGAUACUUCAAAGUAUUUUUGUAUGACACCCUAUGGGUUAGUUUUAUAAUAAAGACAUGUUGAAAACAAAA